CCGUCGCUACUAAGACUACAACUACUACUAAUACAUCAGCCUAUAAUUAAUCUGAACCCUGUACACCCUGCCGAGCUGGGGGAGAGGAGUGGAACUAAAGAGCGCAGUUUGGACGCAUCGGUGCGAAGAAAUCUGUGGCAUAUUUGCUCGAAUUUCCUUUCUUUCUUCCCCAUUUCCUCGGAAUACCACAGGUAGACACUCAUGGGCAGCCUGGGUGUUUGGGCUGUGGCUGUGGCCACUCUGCUGGGGACCUCGGGGUGCUGGCUGGCUGAAGGCCACAAGAACAGCAGGAGAGGCGGCAUGGAUAUAGCCAGCACAUCACACACUUCCUCCCAGGAACCACACUCCAUGGAGAAAGGGAAAGCAGACGGGAACAUCGAUCAAUCCCUCUCUGACCCAGACGGAGGCGCCUGCCGGAGGACCUACUGUGGACGGGGUCGGCAGUGUGUGCUGAUGGCAGAAACCGGGCGCGCCGAGUGCGUCUGCCAGGAGAAGUGCAGGCCCUCCUUUGUGCCGGUGUGCGGCUCGGACGGCAGGUUCUACGAGAACCACUGUGAGGUUUACCGCACCGCCUGCCUGGAGAGGAGACGCAUCUACGUGGUGCACAGCAAGGACUGCUUCUUCAAAGGUGAUGCAUGCACCAUGUCGGAGUACAACAGGCUGAAGAGCAUGCUGUUGGACAUGCAGCCGAAGGUGCUGAGCAGUGGAGAGCAGAGCCAGCAGAGAGACAUGGAGGAGAAGAGAGCGCUGGUGGACACCAUGUACAAAUACCUGGACGUGGACCAGGACGGCCGGCUGGUCAGUGAUGAGCUAGAGAAGAUCUCUAUGAAAGAGCACCUGGAGGACAGUCUUCUGGAGUGCACCAUGCAGGACCUGCUGCGCUACGAUGACUACAACAACGAUGGACACCUCAGCCUUCAUGAGUUCUACACGGCUUUCCAGGUUGUGCAGCUGAGCCUGGCGGAGGACCAGAGGGUCAGCGUCUCCACGGUAACGGUGGGCCUCAGCGCUGUCCUGUCCUGUGCCAUCCAGGGGACGCUCCGUCCGCCAAUCAUCUGGAAGAGGAACGGCAUCAUACUGAACUUUCUGGACCUGGAGGACAUCAACGACUUCGGGGACGAUGGCUCCCUGUACAUCACCAAGGUGACGACCAUCCACAUGGGGAACUACAGUUGCCAUGCCUACGGCUAUGAAGACCUCUACCAGACACAUGUGCUGCAGGUGAAUGUCCCUCCAGUGAUCCUGGUCUAUCCAGAGACCCAGGCCCAGGAGCCAGGAGUAUCUGCAAGCCUUCACUGCCACGCUGACGGCAUCCCAAAUCCCAAACUCCUCUGGCUGAAAAACGGCAUGGACCUGCAGCCCAGAUCCUCCAAACAGCUCUCUCUCAUAGCCAAUGGCAGUGAGCUCUUCAUUGGCAGCGUACGGUACGAGGACACAGGAGCCUACACCUGCAUUGCCAAGAAUGAGGUGGGGGUGGACGAGGACAUCUCCUCUCUGUUUGUCGAAGAUUCAGCCAAGAAGACCCUUGCAAACAUUCUUUGGAGAGAAGAAGGGUUGAGUGUGGGCAAUAUGUUCUAUGUGUUUUCUGAUGAGGGCAUCACGGUUCUUCAGCCCAGUGAGUGUGAGAUACGCAGGCACAUGAAGCGCACGGAGAGGAUUGUUGCUACCUAUGAGGAGAUGUGUCCCAAAGGUGAAGGCGUGUCCCCCCAGCACUGUGUGUGGUCUUCAGCGGUCAAUGUCAGGGAUAAGUACAUCUACGUGACCCAGCCGCUCCAGAGCCGACUGCUGGUUGUCGAUACCCAGGCACAGAAAGUGGUGCAGGCGGUAGCGACAGAUCCUUUUCCAGUGAAGCUGCUGUACGACAAGUCACAUGACCAGGUGUGGGUUCUAACCUGGGGAGAUAUGGACAGAACACACCCGACACUUCAGGUAAUUCCCCAAGCCAGUGUUGGAGAAGUGCAUCAUGCCAUCCGCACGACGUUCCAGAGGGUUGACGACUUCUUUAUUCCUCCAACGAACCUUAUCAUCACUCAUGUGAGGUUUGCCUUCGUCUUCCUCAAAAAUGAACCUGCGGUACAUAAAAUUGACCUGGAGACCUUCCACCGCGUCAAGACCAUCAGCCUGAAAAACUACAGCUGCAUUCCAGCGAGCAUGGCCUACACCCACCUGAGUGGCUUCUACUUCAUCCAAUGCCAGAGCAAGAGCCACCUGCAAGGCCCGCCCCAGCUCCUCAUCGACAGCGUGACGGACACCGUGAUCGGUCUGAACCUGAACAUCACAGGCCAGCCCUACGUGUCACCGGACGGCCGCUACGUGGUGACCCCUGACCCGGAGAGUUCAAAGCUCAUAGUUCAGACGGUGUCGUUCCAGGGGGAGCUGGCCCUGAACCAGGAAGUGGACAACCCUAUAGUUGUCUCCGAUCUGGUCUUCCAGCCCUCCUUCACAGAGUCCAACCAGCAUGUGGUGGUGGCCACAUCAGGCUCAGGCACGGACCUGCUCUUCUCUGAUCUGUCCUCGGGCCGCACGGAGGUUCUGCGGAGCCUCAAGGAGCCCCUGGCCCCCCACGCCUGGCCCUGGGGAGGCCCCAACAGAGUGGUGGUCUCCAGCGGGUUGUUCGGACAGUACCUGGUGACACCGUCAGCCGAGUCCCUCUUCGUCCUCAACGGCAAACAGAGCACGCCGCACUGCGAGGUGUCAGACAUCAAGAGAGGCAACACAAUUGUGUGGGUCGGGGAGGUAUGAGUGAGAGAGAAAAAGGAGAGGGAGACGGAGGAUAAGGGAAAGGAGUGAAGAAGAAGAGGGAGAAAGAUCAGGCCAAAAUACUUAUUAUUAAGAUUUAUGUGGACAUAAGUUGUGGACUCAACCCUGGGACUGAGCGAGAGGAAUACAUGCCUGGGUUUAUUGUAACAAAAGUACACUUAAAAAUAGAGUAAUUGAGAAAAUAUUAAGAAACCCUGUUGUGAUAUUUCUAUUGGGAGAAAGUGUCAAUGCCGUUCAGUGCAACAGUGAUCUAUGUGCACUUAACUAUACAGAAUUGUACAUUAUUGCACUUCCUUCCAUGUUAUCACAGCAAAUAGGUACCUGAAGAGGGGUUAUCAAUGAACUAUGAACUAUGCACAAUGCUCACUUUUUUUAGAGUAAAGCUUUUCGUUCUUGUUUAUCUCAACAAUGUUUGUCGUUUUCACCAGUGCUGCAUAUAGUCACCACGAAACGUCCGUCUGUCCGUCUGCCUUUAGUGUUAUGUGUGUUUUGAGUCCUUUUAAAUGCUACAAGCCCAUGUGUUUACUCACUUUUGUCCGUCGUCAUGGCAUUGUACUGUAUUCUCCCUCUAAAAGCUUUCAUUCGCCCCAUGCCAGCAAUGGUUGGCUUUAUGCACAUGUGGAAUUCCCCUAUUAUCAGUGUCUUUCCAAAGAGCCCCAUUGGUCCAUUACCAAAGGACCAUGGAUGUUUUUAUUGCAUAGAAAACCCACCCAGAUAUGAGCAGUACUUCUUGUAGGCGGCUCCUGAUAUUGUACGAUUCGUCCCCCGUCUCUCACACGUCUUUGUACCUGCAACACGACACUGUGCUCUGAAGCCUGAAAAUGCCACUCAGCAGUUUCUUCAGGGCAGUGACUCGGGUUUUGUUGCACCAAUAUCAAAGUGGCAUCAACUCCACUAUCUGAUUGGCUAUGAGCAUUUUAUUUAUUUAUUUAUUUAUUUAUUUAUUUUUUUAAACAUCAUCCGAGAACGCUGUGCAUCAAGAUCAAAUCCAAGGAAAACAAACUGUGCUUGCCAUAUUUUAAUUUAUAUUUUACUGUCUGUGCAGUCAGCUCCAAAAAAUGAUGUGUUUGGAUUACUUAUCUGUAUUUGGAUAGAAAUAAGAAAUGGACAGGGCAUGUACAACAAUCCAGAAUGGAAAAAUUAUAAUAUAUUAUAUUAAUAUUUACUUGUAAGUCAUUAAAUAUACAGCCUGUUUCAAAAGUAGCAAUACAUUUUUAUAUAUCUCAUUAGUUCCAGAAAGUCAGUAAGUUGGUUGAUUGUCAAAUUAUUUUGCUAAAAUGAUCAAACACAUAAAAUGAAUAUUAUUAUUAUUAUUAUUAUUAUUAUUAUUAUUAUUACUAUUAUUAUUAUUAUGCCAUACCUAUUUUUGAAACACUCUGUAUUUCCUGUCCGUAGGCAUUAACUGAAUUAACACCAGCAACUCUUCGUCUAUAAAAAUAAGAGAUAUUUUCUCUGACUUUGAACUGUAUCAUCUCUGUUGUGAUUGGCAGUUGCACUAAUCAUCAUAAUGAUGAUGAUUCGUUUGCAACAAGAAAGCUCUGCUGCUUAUCAGCAGAUGUAAUAAUGUUGUCAGAAGCUGCAGUGACCUUAACGCUUUCAUGGCAGUCCUGACAGCCGUGCUGAGGUCAGCGUGUGAACAUCUACAGGCAACACGUUUGCUGCCUUGCCUCUUGAAUGUGGUAGUAAAGGGGCUACAGUGUAUAUAAGUGCUUGGCCAGUAAUUUUGCCUUUGUCGUUGUAAGUUGUAUUACCUUGCCCUUUGUGCCCCUCUUUCCCAAGCUAAAAAGUGAAUGUCCGUUAUAAUUCAGUUACCAUACUCAUUUAUCAUUUGCCAUAAAGGUUUUUGUUUUCUCAUUAUACAUUAUAAUGUAAAUGAGAGGAUACGUUGCAACCAGUUGAUACUAAAAUCUGGCUAAAUUUGUAUUUUCACUCACUAUGUGUUCAAAUCGUUCUUGUCAGCAGGUUUUAUAAACAGCUAUCUCCAGGUGUGUGAGGAAAAAAAAAAAAAAAAAAAAAAA